AUGGGUAAGAGUAAUAUUGGAGUGGUGUUUGAGGAUCAUUUUCCGGCGAUGGUUGAGAAGCUGGGAGCGGAGGGGUUUAUGAAUGAGCUUUUCAAAGGGUUUGAGCUUCUCAUGGAUCCUCAGAAACACCUCAUCACAUUUCACAGCUUGAAGAAGAAUGCUGCGCUGUUGGGUUUGAAGGUCGACGAUGAUGAUGAUGAUGAUGAUGAUGAUGAGCUGCUCCACUCCAUGUUGAAGGAAGGAGAUUUGGACGGCGAUGGCUGUCUCGAUCACAUGGAAUUUUGUGUUUUGAUGUUUAGAUUGAGCCCCAAUCUCAUGAACCAAGCCACCAAUAUUAUGUCUCAAGAUUUUCAAUAGCCCUCAUUUUUCGUUUGUUUAGCUUUUUUUUUAAUGUGUUUGGAUUCUAAUUGCAUUUAUGUAAAUUCAUUAACUGGUCCCGUAAUACUUUUGCUAAUUCCACAAUUCUAGACUUGUU